AGAAGAAGAAGAAGAAGAAGGAAGAUAGGACGGUGACUCGUUUCCAUAGAGACCGUGAAUGGCCACCUAGCUGCGACCAGGUCCACAUGUCGUUCAGAGACUUGAGAAGUUUCACGGAGACGAUGCGGGCGCUGGGCUACCCCCGCCUGGUCUCCAUGGAGAACUUCAGGACCCCCAACUUCUCCUUAGUGGCAGAAAUCCUCAUCUGGCUGGUGAAGAGGUACGAGCCUCAGGCGGACAUCCCCCCCGACGUCGAGACCGAGUCGGACAGAGUCUUCUUCGUCAAGGCGGUGGCCCAGUUCAUGGCGACGAAGGCUCACAUCAAGCUGAACACCAAGCGCCUCUACCAGGCCGACGGCUACGCGGUGAAGGAGCUGCUGAAGAUCACCGCCAUGCUGCACGGCGCCACGAAGGCCAGCAGCGCCGCGGGGGCGCCGGCCGACCCGGACAGCAGCAGGCGCCGGUUUGACCUCGGCUCACGGAUUUCAGAUCUCAAAGCGGCUCGGCAGCUGGCGUCAGAGGUCACCUCGAGAGGAGCUUCUCUGUACGACCUGCUGGGCAAAGAAGUGGAGCUGAGGGAGAUGAGAACGGCGUCCAUCGCCAGACCUCUGGAGAUCAACGAGACGGAGAAGGUCCUGCGAGCCGCCAUCAGGGAGGUGGUGGAACGGGUGGAGAAGACGAAGGACAUGCUGAGCAACGUCGUUUCUGACGAGGCCAGCCUGGACGCCAAGAUAGAAAAGAAGAAGCAGGAGCAGGAGAGGAACCGGAAGAGGCUGCAGACGCUGCAGAGCGUCAGGCCGGCCUUCAUGGAUGAAUAUGAGAAGAUUGAGGAAGAUCUGCAGAAGCAAUAUGAAAUCUUUGUGGAGAAGUUCAGGAACCUGUGCUACCUGGAGUCUCAGCUGGAUGAAUACCACCGAGUGGAGCAGGAGAGGUUUGAGGAGGCUGAGAACACUCUGAGGAUGAUGCAGCACGUGCUGAGGGAGGAAGAGGAGCGAGACCUGACGAAGAGCUCCCUGAAAGACGAGGACUCUGACACGGACGUCCCGGAGGACGACGGCUCGGACAGCGACGUGGAGGAAUGUCGCCCGGCGAAGCCGAGGCCCGCCCGGAACGGCGUCAUGGCAGGAAGAGGAGCUCGGUUCGUGGGCACCAUGCAGGGCGGCGAUAGUGACGAGACUGAAGACAGCGAGAUUGAUGUGGACGAGGAUGAAGAGGAAGACGAAGGCGAGGAGGAGAAGAGCAAAGAUCUGGAGGAUGACGGUCCAAAGGGCCCUGGGGGGUCCAGGGGGGUCCGCCCAGCCAAGGGGGGCCUGAGGCCAGCUCUGCUGGAGGAGAGCGACAACGACUUCUGAAAGAAUACAGAUUAAACCAUCGGAGAGGAAUGCAUUCACGCGUAUGGUCCAUCAUGAGCGUUUGUAAAAUAAAAAUCAUUAUAGUUCCUUAAAAAAAAAAGGUGUUAAUUGUUUACUAAAAUAAAAAGAAUGUCCAGUUGAA